AGGGCCCCGCCCCUCUCCAGUGGUGGGAUGGAGGGACCCGGCGCGGUAGGGAUGCUGUCGGGAGGCCGGGCCCAACAGGCCCAGGCCGCCGCCCCCACACCCGAGCAGGUGCUGGCCGGCUUCAACAAACUGCGGCAGGAGCAGCGCGGCCUGGCGGGCAAAGGGGCCGAGCUGGAGCAGGAGGUGGCGGAGCACGGGCUGGUGAUUGAUACACUGGCGGAGGUUAAUCCAGACCGGAGGUGUUUCAGGAUGGUUGGAGGCGUGCUGGUGGAGAGGACUGUGCGAGAGGUGCUGCCAGCUCUCGAGAGUAACAAGCAGCAGCUGGUGAAGCUGAUUGAGAACCUGAAUGCCCAGAUGCAGAGUAAAGGCCGUGAGCUGAACGAAUACCGGGAGAAAUACAACAUCCGGCUGAUGAACGAAGAUGAGAAAGCCGCCCGCGAUGGAGAGUCCAGGGGACGCACAGGGGGCACCGGAGUGCUGGUCUCCUAGGCUGUGACCCCUCCAGCUGCUGGGGUACACCCCCUCUGUCCCCUGCACGUGGCUUUGUUUUUAAAUUUCAGCCCACCCCCCCAACGACGUGUGGCGGGAGUGGAGCCGAGGCCUGUGAAUGCCCUUGUGAAACUCGGUGGCACUUCGACCUUGGGAGGCAACAGCGUGUCACUGUUACUGCACAAGGCUUGAAAGGCUGUUGGUUGUCACUAGUUGAAUUUAUAAGUGUCACGUUGACUAUUGUACUUUUACAGGAAGUAUGACAUUUCAGCUUCUCUCCUCUUCUCUCCCCCCCCCCCCCCCCCCCCCCCCCAAUUUUCCAGGACCCCCUCUCCCAAAUUGUCACCCAGCACAUCCUCUCGGGUGCUCUAUUCUCAAGUUUCAAUCCGCCAUUCCUCUCCCACUCCCUCCCUUCCUCAGGCUGGCUGUGUCUUUGUUUUGGAAUUGCGCUUGGCUGUGGGGCCAUUCAGCCCACUGUGUCCCGUGCUGGCAGUGCAAGAGGACUGUCCUAUUUCAUCCCACUCUCCCCUCUCUUUACCCCACCUUUCUGUAACGUUUACCCGAACUUCAGUCGGGAUUGAACCAGCCUCUUUGAGGUUUAGCAUGGUUUUCUGGUUUUCUUCUGUCUUCUCUGUAACACUGCAUCAAUAAAACUAUUUGUUUGAA